AUGGCUCUGAAUGUGAACGCGAGCUGCGCGCUCUGCGCGUCCCCGCCGCCGGUACAGGACUCCGGAGCUGUGUCUGGUUCUCUGGCCGCGAUCCUCAUCUUCACCAUCGUGACUGAUGUGAUAGGAAACGCGCUGGUUAUUCUGUCCGUCUACCGCAACAAGAAGCUCAGAAACGCAGGUAAUAUAUUUGUGGUGAGCCUUUCUGUGGCUGACCUGAUGGUGGCGCUUUACCCAUACCCCCUGGCCCUGCUGGCCAUCUUCCAUGGCGGCUGGACGCUUGACGCAGUGCAGUGCCAGCUGAGCGGCUUCGUUCUGGGCCUUGGUGUUAUCGGCAGUGUCUUCAACAUCACAGCCAUCGCCAUCAAUCGCUACUGCUACAUCUGCCACACGGUGCACUACGAGCGUUACUACACACGUCGCAACACUUGUCUGUGUUUGAGUCUCACGUGGCUCCUGAGUGCCAUCGCAACGCUGCCCAACUUCCUGCUCGGUUCGCUGACGUACGAUCAUCGGGUCUUCUCCUGCACUUUUACGCAGACCGUUAGUUCUUCAUACACAGCGAGUGUGGUGCUGGUCCACUUUCUAAUCCCACUAGCUGUCGUGUCAUUCUGUUACCUGCGCAUCUGGAUGCUGGUGAUCAGGGUCAAAGGUCGUGUGCGGGCCAGAUCCUGCACACGGGCCGCUGACUUGCGCCACUUUCUAACUAUGUUUGUAGUGUUUGUGCUUUUCGCGGUGUGCUGGGCGCCGCUGAACUUCAUUGGCCUGGCUGUGGCAUUAGAUCCAGUCAACGUGGCACCAAAGGUCCCCGAGUGGCUCUAUGUGGCCAGCUACUUCCUGGCAUAUUUCAACAGCUGCCUAAACGCUGUUGUCUACGGCCUCCUUAACCAGAACUUUCAACGAGAGUACAAGCAGAUCCUUCUCUCACUUUGCACACCCAGAGCUCUGCUCCAUUGUAUCUCCCAAUCUAAGACUGUGGCCAUUAGGAGCAUGCAAUCCCCUGCAGUGACCAACGACAUCCUGGUGGAGGCUCAACUGUGA